AUGUCUUCUGGAGCAGACCAAAAUCAAGAGAGGAAUUCCAGAGGAAUUCCGAAGGCUCCCUUCAUUGCCGAUGUCGAAGAUUAUAUGGGUCCAACUCCGGACGUUGAAACGGCGUUAAAGGAAUUCCAGGCUGCCCUUGCGAAAUAUCGCUACAUGGACCACAACCUCACCCAGCGCCGCCGAGGACUCGAGGAAAAGAUUCCCGACAUUAAAAAGACUUUGUCCAUGGUCGACUUUCUUCAAGAGCGGCGAGAGGGCAAGUCUAACGCUAACGCAGAUGAAGACGACCUGGAUGAUGAAGAUGAGUCAUGCGAUGGAGACUCCAAACAACCAAUACGCACGACUUUCGAGUUGAACGAUACCCUUUAUGCAGAGGCAGAAUUGGAAGACACUGAUACUGUCUACUUGUGGCUUGGAGCAAAUGUUAUGCUUUCCUACAAGCUCCCGGCAGCCAUUUCCUUAUUGCGAUCGAAGCUGGAGUCAGCAGAGAAAAAUCUUGCAGGUGUAGUAGAAGAUCUCGAAUUCUUGCGGGAGCAAAUCACCGUAAUGGAGGUAAACACAGCGCGCGUGUAUAAUUGGGAUGUGAAGCGUCGGAGAGAAAUCCGAGAGCGAGAAGCGAAAGACGGCCAGAUCGUGGAGAAAGUUGCCUCGUGA